AUGGAUCCUCAUCGUGCUUCAAGUGCUGAUAGAAAGACUACCUUUCCCCAGGGUGGCUAUGAUGCGCCUCGAAAUUCCACACCAGGUCCCAGUAGGAGCAAUAAAAUCGCUCCGGGAACCUUUGGUCCAGGACUCGAGCUCAUUCUUCCUCCAGUGGCAAAUUCCUCACCAGUUGCCCACACCAAUGCUCUAAAUCCUCAGACCAUUCAAACCGACGCCCCACGAUACCAACAAUUCUUUCAUCCCCAAGCAAUGGACUCUGCAUUUUCAUCUCCUUCCUCUCAUCACAUUGGUGAAUACGAGUCGCUUUACAACCAAAGCCAACCAACCAGUGUUGAGUCCCAUAAUGUCCCGACUUUGGCUGUCGAUCAUUCAUGGGCAGGAGACAUCACUCAAUCUUAUACGCACAGUGCCGGGUUGAUGCCUCCGCACACCCUCUCUACAACGCUUACACGAGCUGCUUCUACCGGAAACAUACCAGAAUCCUCCAAUUAUGAUACCCGAACAUUCAACGAUAUAUGGGCAGAGAUCAGACAGGAGAACCAGACUGCAAUCAUUGCCCAGGAGCAAGCAUCUCGACCAACGCUCCGGGCUCAUUCGACGCCUCUUAGUGAAUCAUGGUUCUACGUUCCAUCAGACACCGAUUAUCCAUCCGAUGUGCAGGACCCAACUGCCAAGUUUGCGUUCGCAUCACAGCUUCCAGCCCAUAUUCAUACACUUGGAAAUGUGGUACACAGCAAAUCCCGCGCGAGGAUACAGAGGCCCGCGCCGAACCUACAUCAAGCGAGCGUCUCUGACAAUGAGGGCGCGGUGGAGAUGCGUAAUCCUGCUGGGAGGCUGAGCUUCAAAUCUGUCCAUACCAGCGAACGACGUCAACAGAGGAAACUCAAACGACUGGCCAGUGCAUCCUCUCGAGAUGCAUUAUCCUCCAUUGAACCUAGGUCAUCUAUGGAUGUCGACAGGGCUUUGCUUCAUGAUCUUCCCGGCCAAUUCAAGUGCCCAGAGUGUUCAUGCGGCUUUGCGCGCUCUCGGGAUCUGACACGACACUACCGCUUGCAUACGGGCGAAAAGCCAUACGUCUGCGCUGCAUGUGGUGAGCGCUUCUUCCGUGUCGACGCUCGUAAGAGACAUCUAGACUCGCAUCCGGCCUGUGCGCAGGCUCAGGCAGAAGCUCACGAGGGUCCCUUAAAACUAUCUUGA